AUGCAGCUCCGCUCCUCCUUUGCUGCCCUCGGCACAUCGGCUGCCCUCACCUUUCUUGCCAUCUCGGCGCCCGGCCAAGUGGAAGGGACCGUGACGGACAGCUACUCGUACACCAGUAUGAUCGCAAACAUCGGUGGCGCCAACAGUAACACGCAAGUUCCCAAUGUCCAAACCGGCGCCGUCAUCGCAUCUCCUUCUACCGAUGCCCCCGACUACUUUUAUGCCUGGGUCCGUGACUCGGCCAUGACCAUGAAAGUCGUCAUCGACAACUACAUCAAGGGCACUAACGGUGUAACGAGGACGAUGAUCGAGAACUGGGCACGCGCUGAGCAGGCUCACCAAGCCAACGCGGCCAGCUCGUCCAGCAGCCUUGGCGAGCCCAAGUUCAACGUCGACGGCUCCCUCUUCACCGGGCCCUGGGGCCGGCCGCAGAACGACGGUCCGGCGCUGCGUGCGACCGCUUUCAUGAAGUAUGCGCGCGCCAUCGGCCUCUCCGACACGUUCACCAAGAGCACGCUGUACCAAAACAGCCUCAGCGGCAACUCGCUCAUCAAAAAUGACCUUGAGUAUGUCGCGCACCACUGGCAGGACAGCAAUUUUGACCCGUGGGAGGAAGUGCAGGCGACACACUUUUUCACACUCAGCGUGCAGCGACGCGCCAUGGCCGAGGGCGCAAAGUUCGCAACUGACAUGGGCGACAGCGGCGCAGCGACGUACUACGCGCAGCAAGCCGCGGCGAUUCAGUCGAAGCUGCAGUCGUUCUGGUCGUCGAGUCAGAACCGCGUCAACGCGUACCAAGGCGUCUCGGGUCGCUCCGGCAUCGACUGCUCCGUCAUGCUCGGCGCGCUGCACGGCUGGAACCAGACAAGCGUCGCGUCCAGCCUGGACAACACGCAGUUCGGCCCUGCGACUGACCGGAUCCUCGCGACCCAGAAGCAGUACGUCGAUGCGUUCCGCAGCCUGUACGCAAUCAACAAUAACACCGCGGCGCCCACCGCCGUCGCCACUGGUCGCUACCCAGAGGACGAGUACAGCGGCAACGACCGCAACGGCGGCAACCCGUGGUUCCUCUGCACGCUCGCCGCCGCAGAGGUAGUAUACAACGCGCUGCACGUGUUCAACCAGGCGCAGGCGCUAUCCGUCACAAUUGUCUCGCAGCCGUUCUUUGCGCAGUUCGCCUCAGGCCUCGCGACGGGCAUGUACGCCGCCAACAGCGCGACGUACGCCACGCUCACGCGCGGCAUGAAGGCCCAGGCCGACGGCUUCGUACAGGUCGUGCAGAGUCACGCGCAGACGAACGGAUCGAUGAACGAGGAGAUGGACCGCAAUUCGGGAUAUAACGUCGGUGCGCGCGACCUCACGUGGAACUACGCCUCCUGGCUCACCAAGAGCCAGGCCGCCAACGGCACGCCAGCAUUCUAG